GGCGGGGCGGACGCGGCGCCGCCGCGCACAGCAGCCGAGCCCCGAGCGGAGCAGGAGAGCGCAAGCGGCGGGCGGAAGGAGGCGGCCCGGCGGGCACCGGCGGCGGUCAUAUAUUGGAAUGAACUGCAAACAGUAAACAAACACCACAGUAUUUUCUUCAAAGCGGGACACACGGGGACAAGGGGAAUAUUGGUGUUCCAUCAAACUAAGAUCCUCAACAGUGAAGGAGCUUGGAAAAAACCUCCAGUAGGGCUGUUAACACUGAUGAGAGAUCUUGUAUGCCAAGAUUGCCUGUAUUUGAACAGACCACAUCAUGCGUGAGUACAAGCUAGUGGUCCUGGGUUCAGGAGGCGUUGGGAAGUCUGCUUUGACUGUACAAUUUGUUCAGGGAAUUUUUGUUGAAAAAUAUGACCCCACAAUAGAAGAUUCAUACAGAAAGCAAGUGGAAGUAGACUGCCAACAGUGUAUGCUUGAAAUCCUCGAUACAGCAGGGACAGAGCAAUUUACAGCAAUGAGGGAUCUCUAUAUGAAGAACGGUCAAGGGUUUGCACUAGUAUAUUCUAUUACAGCACAGUCCACAUUUAAUGACUUACAGGACCUGAGGGAACAGAUUUUACGGGUUAAGGACACUGAAGAUGUUCCAAUGAUUCUGGUUGGCAAUAAAUGUGACCUGGAAGAUGAACGCGUAGUUGGCAAAGAACAGGGUCAGAACUUAGCAAGACAGUGGUGUAACUGUGCCUUUCUAGAAUCGUCUGCAAAGUCUAAAAUCAAUGUUAAUGAGAUCUUUUAUGACCUGGUCAGACAAAUAAACAGAAAAACACCAGUGGAAAAGAAGAAGCCUAAAAAGAAGUCAUGUCUGCUGCUUUAGACCCGCAUCACGCAGCAGCUCUGAGCCGGGUAAGAGGCAAGGAAGUAACUGCCUA